UUGCAACCGACGCGUCCAUAAUUUUUCACUUCCACUGCCUCUAUACUAUAACCCCACACUAUUACUACUACAUCCUCGUCCUUCUACACAAUGUUGGUGGAUGCUUCGACUAAAGUCAUUCUCUUACCAGCAGCACAGAAUGUCUCUAAAUCCUAUAAACUUAUUCGGAUGCCCAUACCGAAAGAUCUUACUCAAUACAAACCGUAUCUCGUUGAUGAGCAACGCAUCUACGAAUUGAGUCAAGUCAAAGGAGUCAACCCUUAUGGAGAGAAGGCGGUAUUACUAAAGAAUGGGAAUGCAGUCAAGUCAUAUAUAUUUGAGUCACCAAAAGAAGAUGGUGCUGAAGCUGGAACUGGUGCUGUUUUACAGUCCAGUUCCCUUACGGUAUCCAACACCUUCAACUUUGUCUAUUUGGUAUUGAGUAUAGUCCUUAAUCAUGAAGAUACCUUCACCAAAAACUAUAUAACUGUGCAUGAUUUCAUUGACAAAUUGUCUCUGAUAUUCCCUCAGAAUGAAUGGAUCGAUACGGUUCCUGUAAAGGUAUAUACCGAUGCAUUACUGUUGAUUAGUGAUGAGAUAGAAGAGAAUGAUGAAUUCUUCUAUAAGUUCAACAAGACUCGAUCGUUGGAAUGGAUUAAAGUGAAAGUUGAAGCACUCAACCAGUACAUACAUUCACAAAGUGGCGAUUACACUAUAUACAGCCAUAUAAAAUCAAAGUUAUACGAUCAUAAUGGGGUCUUACCCAAACAAGAAAUCAUUGAUUUACUAAGCUUACACUAUUCCAUUGACUUUAUUAUAGAUUCCUACUUAACCACCCAAUUCAAACAUGACUAUAUUAAACACUUUAACUAUGACUUCCAACCUUUGGAUACAUACUUGGCCAACUUAUCCACCACCAAAAAGAAAUUACAAGCCAUAGAAGAUAACAUGAACGCUAUAGUGCAAUCUACGGCCAACGCCACUAGUGGCAAGAAACUGGCAAAGGGAGGUGCCAAGCCUGUCAAGAAAAAGGAAAUCAAGAAAGUCGCCAUAGGCAAGGGAGCACUAGAUGGGUUCUUUAAGAGAGCAGCCAAGUGAAUGAAUGAAUUAUAAAUAUAUAUAAAUAUAUAUAUUG